AUGGCUAAGCUAUCCAAGGAGACCGGCUUUGAGCGCCCUGAGCUCGAAGCGCUCUGGGAGCAGUGGACCUUUAUGGCGAGCACCGAGUGGCGUGAAGACCCCGACGAGCUGGGCCUGGCCAUGGACCGCAAGACAUUUGAACGCUACUUGGUUCCGUCCGGUGGUUAUAGGCAUAUCGCACCGAACCUCUUGCACGACCGUCUGUUUGCAUUUUACGACGACAACGACGACGACCUGAUCGGCUUCUCCGAGUUCCUGCGCGGUACGGCGUACCGCAGAAGAAAGGACAAGCUCCGCCGACUUGUGACUAGCCGGCAACCAUUAAGCAGCUUGUUUGGCCGUGAAGGGGGCUUCUCUCAACCCGAUACCGACCGCCCAAGGGAGGGUAAAGUGAUCAACCUCCACACCGGGGAGACUCACAUCACGGAUGGCACAACCAGGGCCCUGAACGAAGACACCCCCGACACCGCUGAUCGCCAGUCCAUCUUGACGAACGUAUUUACCAGGCAGGCACAGGUUACCGAGAGUUUAUUCAUGCCCGUCAUGGAUCACCCACGGGCGGCCGGUGAGAGAGGAUCCGGGUUGGAGUAUCUAAACGGGCUCUUGAACCCACCGACCCGAAUCAGUGAACUUCCAGCCCUUCUACUCGGCGAGACUCGCGUCGGCGGCGACUUCUUUGUCGUCGUUGACGGUAGCCAGGAGGGGGAGGGCGAGCAAGAAGGCCAAGGUGGAGAGGAGGGUUCACACAGCCCAGGGGGGACUGGAGAUGACAGCGCUGAAAACCAUGCCAACGCCAAUCGGUCGUCGGACCGUGAAGGGUCCAGACCAGACGGGCGAGACCACCGUCGGCCCUCGUAUAGAGUCACGUCAAGAGCCACGGCGCGAGGCAAACUAUUUGACCGGUGGAGGAGGCGGCAGUUCUACCUCGAUGAGGAAGAGGGCAUGGUACCCCCAGAUGACUGGAGCGACGAUGACGACGUCCUUGCGCUUCUCGACGGCUUAGCUAGCGAUUCCAAGGCGGCACAGCCUCCUUUGUCAACCCGGUCUCGCUCCUCCUCCAAGGUAAGAUUUGUCGAAGACACGGACGAUUUUGACGUUCGAUCCAACCCUUCGACGUCCUCGAGGAGCAUCCCCGAGAGGUGGGGGGGUAUGGAGAUCCCAGAUGCCGAGCGUGACCUCGGCAAAGAGAUCUUCUACCAAGUUAGCCAACAGGCCUUCAACGAGAUCCUCGAUACCCUGUUCAAGGUCAAAGAGGACCUGGCAGUCCAAGCUGCGCAAACCAAGGAGAAGCGCAACCAUUAUAGGCCGGUGUUUGAGUCUAUCAAUCCCGACGAGGAAGAGGGAGAGGCGAGCUCUCGCUCCGCUUCGAAGAGGCGCGAGACAUCUCAAGAAGAGUCGUUGCAACAACUGCUUGCGCUCACUGGUUAUUCAAUUGAUAAUGGUGUCGCCCAAACUGAAACCAACGCCGAAGAAGAAGCGGCAGAGGACGAGUAUGAAACCAGCGACUAUGACAAUGACGACGACGACGGCGAUAGCAAUGACAAUGGCAAUGACGACGACAAUGACGAUGACUCCAUGCCGCCAUUAACGACAGAUGAGUCGCCUGCUGAGGAGCUCUCAUGCACCGAAUCCGUUGUCUAUCGUGACCCCACCAUGCCUCAGUUCCGCCUAAACUCAGAACCAGUAUCGCACCCGCGCGGCCAGCCGCAACCUGCGAACGGGAGCAACCAAGCCGCACCGGCUGCCGCCGCAGAACCAAUCACCAACAAACCGACCGGGACCACAACAGCCAACGGAAAGAAGAAGCCGAGCAGCUCCACGCCGCCCGUGCAGCUUAAGCGCAGCGACCUGGUCCACUGGAAACGCCUCGACCUCGCCGAGGAAGAGGCCAAGGCCCGCGGCGGCUGGGGCAGGCUGAGCUUCGAGGAGUUUGAGCGCAUCUACAAGGGCGCCGAGGCCCGGGGCGCCCGCUUAGAUUACCUGGGCACUUGGAUCGACUUUUGUAUCCCGUCUACCUAG